AACUAGCGAAAACUGGGUUCGAGGCGUUCUUCGUAUGAAAACACGCCCGCCAUUAGGCUUGAAUUGUACACGUUGCGAGGUCCACUGUUCUUGCACGCCACUUUUCCGCCUAGUAUUCGUAGCUCGGCUACCUUUCGGCAACUGUUGAGGAUGGCCGAGGACGGCAGCAUCCCGUUCCCGUUCCCACCCGACGGCUGGACUGAGAACGCUCCGCCGUUCGCCAACCUCUCGCAAGAUGAAGUGUGGCGGUACCUUCACCGCAAGACGGACUCGCUCCGACAAGCUCACCGGGGAUGGGCCUUCAAAGAAGAAGGCUACGUCCGGAACGUCCGAUGGAACACAUCGGACGAUUCCCGGAUCGGUCUCGUCCGGGGCGUCUGCCUGCCGUCAAUGAAGAAGGCGCCGUACACAGUCUCGGCGUGGUUCGCCAGAGGCACCGGGAGCGUCAUCGGCGGCACUUGCAGCUGUGUUGCUGGGAAAAGCCAGUCCUGCCAACAUAUUGCAGCACUGCUGCUCUAUGCCGAAGAGAGCUGCAACGCCUGCUCGACGAGCUGCACCGACAUACCCUGCACCUGGAUUGUGCCUGCUGAAGCCAAGAAGCCUGCUCCCCUGGUGCCACUUGCAGACAUCACGUUCCACAAGUACCUGAUCAACAGGCCGGUGAAGCAGAAGAAACGACGCUCUUUUGACCCUUGUGAGAAUGUUGGUGUUGCUUCGGCUGAGGAGAUUCAGCAACUGCGAGAUGCCCUCAGUGUGUCUACACCGGGCCUCCAGUGGCUUCUGUACAGUGGUGUACAGCAACUUGGACCAGCGGCACCAGUGCUCCCCAUCCAAGAUGAUGAAGAUUUGUGGAGUGAGAAUGCCCGGGACGUUGUUGCAAAACACAUGGAGUCCCUUCCAACAUUGACGGAGGAAGAGAGGGAACAAGUGACCCGGUCCACCAUCGGUCAAGCCAAUAAUUCAAGGUGGCACAAAGAGCGGCAGGGCAGGAUUACGGCAUCAGUCUUCUCUGCUGUCAUCAAGUGUGUCAAGCCCGAGUACCUGGUCAAGGGUAUUUUGUACCCGAGCCCAGAUGCCUCAAGUGAGGCCAUGCGCUAUGGGAGGACGCACGAGGGUACCGCAGUCUCAGCCUAUGCAUCACUCAUGGCAGCAUUCGACACUCCCGUCGAGAUCCGCGAGACUGGGCUGCACAUUCACCCAGAGUGCAGCUUCAUUGCAGCAUCGCCCGACCGCAUCGUGAGGAAGGACAACGAAGAGGGCCUUUUGGAGGUGAAGUGUCCGGCUUCGAAGAUUGGGCUAACACCAAUGGAGGCAUGCAAGGACAAGAAGUUCUGCUGCGAAGUUGUGGAUGGCGUGGUACGACUGAAGAAGACUCACGCCUACUUCUACCAGGUGCAAGGGCAGAUGGCAGUGACCGGACACCAGUGGUGCGAUUUUGUUUUUUGGACUAACAACACGACUGUUGCCAAUUCGACGCACGUCGAGACCAUCGCCUUCGACAAGAAGUUCGUUGAUGGAGCACUGCUGCCAGGGCUUAUCUACUUCGCCAAGCAUGCCCUCUUCCCAGAAGUGGUAACGGGCCGUGUGAGGCGUCGAAGAGCCCUGAUAGCUCGCGGCCAGUACGUCUCCUUCAAGAAGUUCUGCAAAGGGUUUUAUGUGGUGGAGGACGGUCCCGGACUGAAAAAGAAGCUGCGUAGGCUGGAGUGAAGGAGCGCCUGCAUGAAGCCCGAGGCUUCUCCAAGUCACAACGGCUCUUUUCAGAGCCAAAUAAAUAUGCUUGUCAGGGGCAGUGCUUUUGUAGCCACUCCCGUGUCUUUGAGAAUGGUGUUUACUGCAGAAAAACAGGACACAGGGUGU